UAGAGGGAGACUGGUGGGGUUUUGAGGGAGAACACCAUGGCUUCAGAGCCGGGGCUGACUGCGAUGCUGCUAUGGACUAUAUCACUACAAGCUCUAGGCACCGCAGGAACUAACAGCAAUGAAGUGAAUCUACUGGACACGACAACGAUCACAGGAGACUGGGGGUGGCUCACAUAUCCGUCGCAUGGGUGGGAUGCCAUUAAUGAGAUGGACGAAUACUUCAGCCCCAUCCACACGUACCAGGUAUGCAACGUGAUGAGCCCCAGCCAGAACAACUGGCUGAGGACAGGCUGGAUCCCUCGAGACGGAGCCAGAAGGAUCUACAUCGAGGUCAAGUUCACACUGAGAGACUGCAACAGCAUGCCUGGAGUCCUGGGCACCUGCAAGGAAACUUUCAACCUGUACUACUAUGAGUCUGACCGAGCAGUCGGCUCGGCCAUAAGAGAAAAUCAGUUCAUUAAGAUUGACACCAUCGCCGCCGACGAGAGCUUCACCGGGGUGGACCUGGGCGUCCGCAGGCUCAAGCUCAACACUGAGGUGCGAGGCGUCGGCCCUCUGAGCAGACGAGGUUUCUACCUGGCCUUCCAGGACAUCGGGGCGUGCAUCGCCCUGACCUCGGUGCGGGUGUACUACAAACGCUGCGUGGGCGUGAGCCGCAACCUGGCGGUGUUCACGGACGUGGUGACGGGCGCCGACUCCUCCUCUCUGGUGGAGGUCAGGGGUCAGUGUGUGGACCACGCCGAGGAGAGGGACACGCCUAAGAUGUACUGCAGCGCCGAGGGCGAGUGGCUGGUGCCCAUCGGCAGGUGUGUUUGCUCCGCGGGAUUCGAAGAGCACCGAGACUCCUGCAUAGCCUGUGAGGUGGGUUUCUAUAAGCCGGUGGCGGGCGACGGAUUGUGUGGUAAAUGUCCUCAACACAGCCACUCAGAAACCAGAGCCGCCCUCUCCUGCCCCUGUGACUCCAGCUACUACCGAGCAGCAGAUGACCCUGCAGCAGCCUCGUGCACCCGCCCGCCGUCGGCUCCAGUGAGCGUCAUCUCCUCGGUCAACGGGACGUCAGUGAAUCUGGAGUGGAGUCGCCCGCUGGACACCGGGGGCCGCAGCGACCUGCAGUACAGCGUGCUGUGUCAGAAGUGCUCGGGGGAGGGAGGGCCCUGCGAGGACUGCGCCUCCUCGGUCCGUUUCAUCCCCCGCCAGGCCGCGCUGACGGAUCCCUGGGUGACGGUGCUCAACCUGGUGGCCCACUCCAACUACACCUUCCGCAUCCUGGCCAUGAACGGCGUGACGCACCUGAGCAACGAGCCCCCGCCUUACGUCUCGGUCAACAUCACCACGAACCAGGCAGCCCCCUCCGAGGUGUUAGCGAUCCGCCAGGAAAACGCCAGCCAGAACAGCGUGACUCUGCUGUGGCACGAGCCCGACCAGCCCAACGGAGUCAUCCUGGAGUACGACAUCAAAUACUAUGAGAAGGAUAAUGAGGAGCAGAGCUACUCCACUCUGAAAUCUAAAGGCACAAGCGCCCGGGUCUCUGGGCUGAAGCCUGGUACCAAGUACAUCUUCCAGGUCCGAGCCAGAACAUCAGCAGGCUGCGGACGCUUCAGCCAGAAUGUGGAGAUUCAGACUGGGAAAGCAGCUCCUCUGCGCUACAACACCAUGACCAUCAUCUGGAUCUGCAUGGCCCUGGUGUCCGGCCUGGUCACCUUCCUGGCCAUCAUCAUCUGCAGGAAACGGCAAGGCUACACUUUACCACACUACCCGUCGCUGCUACACUGUGGCUACAGCAAGGCCUUCCAGGACUCUGAUGAGGAGAAAAUGCAUUACCAGAAUGGCCACGUGUCAUUCCCCGACGCGAGGUUCUAUAUUGACCCGCACACGUACGAGGACCCCUGCCAGGCAGUCCACGAAUUUGCCCGAGAAAUUGAAGCUUCCAGGAUCAAAAUAGAGAAAAUCAUUGGUUCAGGUGAGUUCGGGGAGGUGUGUUAUGGACGCAUGAGGCUCCCGGGGAAGAGGGACAUCCCGGUGGCCCUGAAGACCCUGAAAGCAGGAUACACCGAAAAGCAGAAGAGGGAUUUCCUGGCCGAGGCGUCCAUCAUGGCCCAGUUCGACCACCCCAACGUCAUCCGCCUGGAGGGAGUGGUGACCCAGAGUAAACCGGUGAUGAUCAUCACAGAGUACAUGGAGAAUGGCUCUCUGGACUCUUUCCUUAGGAGACACGAUGGUCAGUUUACCGUCAUCCAGCUGGUGGGCUUGCUGCGCGGCAUCGCAGCCGGUAUGACCUACCUGGCUGACCUGGGCUACAUCCACCGAGACCUGGCAGCCCGCAACAUCCUGGUCAACAGCAACCUGGUGUGUAAGGUGUCUGACUUCGGUCUGUCCCGAGUCUUGGAGGACGACCCCGAUGCGGCAUACACCACCAGUGGCGGGAAGAUCCCUAUCCGCUGGACGGCGCCGGAGGCCAUCGCCUACAGGAAGUUCUCCUCCUCCAGCGACGUGUGGAGCUAUGGCGUGGUCAUGUGGGAGGUGAUGUCCUACGGAGAGCGGCCAUACUGGAACCUCACCAACAGAGAUGUGAUCAAAUCCGUGGAGGAAGGCUACAGGCUGCCUGCUCCUAUGGGCUGUCCUGGACCUCUACACACACUCAUGCUGGACUGCUGGCAGAAGGAUCGCAACGAGAGACCACGCUUUUGCCAAAUAGUCACCGUUCUCGACAAGCUAAUCCGCAACCCAGAGAACCUGAAGUCCAUGGACACGCUCUGCAGUCCUCCUCUGAUGGAGAGAGCUAUCCCAGACUUCAGUAGCUGUAACUCAGUAGAUGAGUGGCUGGACACUAUAAAGAUGGGUCGCUACAAGGACCACUUUGCUGCGGGGGGGUAUCACACCCUAGGACACGUUAUAGGCAUGAACCAAGGGGACAUCCAGAGGCUCGGGGUGACGUUGAUGGGCCACCAGAAGAAGAUCAUGACCAGCGUCCAGCUCAUGAGGGCGCAGGUCCUCAACAGGAGCGUGCCGUCGGUGCACGUAUAACUCCAGCGCCCAGGUUUCUAAGGCCCUCUGCUUAAACCUAGAAACCCUGGCUUCUGAGGCCUAAAGGAACUCCAUGGGAAUCGAGCUGAUCGAAGAAAUAGUCGGGAGAAGAGGAUACGUGGGAACUUUUCGAGACUUUUUCCUCGGGAGAUUGAUCUGAGAACAAAACAUGAAAGGUUCGAAAUAUGGAUCAAGUGUACGUGACUUCUUCGGGACAAUUCCAACCUUUUUUUUUUUUUCCUAUCUGAUUACAUUUUAUGAGUUUAAAUGUCUUGUUUAUAAAUGGAAAAGACUGCCUUAAUCUCCACAAAUUAUUUUGAUUUUGUUGUCUACAAAGAGAAGAUAAUUUAUCAAACAGGAAUUUAUCAGAGUAAUAUGAUUUACUGAACCGGGCAAUUGCAAGUAUGUGGACUCUACGUAGAAGCUGAGGGAGGGGGAAGGUGUUUUCAGAUGUGUAAAUGACACACACCGUCUCUCCAGUAAAAUCCUGAGGAGAACAAGCCUGAGAAAAAAGGCUUGAAUCAGAAAAGUGGAGAAAAGCAAGAUAGGGCUCACCCGUCUCUGCAGUGAAGGAGACCGUUUCACCCCAGGCUAUUAAUACCAACAGGCACAUUUCUCCACCGUCCAACCUUGAUGAGCGACCCCAGGAGAGCCCCGGAGCCCUCUGCCCAGUUGGAAGCUGCGCAGCGCACAACUACUGUACUUUGAAAAUGUGUAUGAUUCAGUUAUAGUUCACUUUAUUCUACAGUCUUAUUACGCUAUUAGAGGCUUUGCAGUCGGAUCCCAGCGCUGGAGCCGUCAUGGAGGUCCAUCGGUGAAUUGGCUGUGUGCUUAUAAUGGAUAAACAUCCAGCAUAACAACUGAGAUUCCUUAAAAAAUAUGUGGAGAUAAUAUUGUCCGAUAAAACUGAGGUUACAGUGGCACAAUCUUGUCUUAAGCUCCAGUCUUAACUCCGAAACAGUGAGCAGUUGUUUUAUUAUUUAAUUUAAUUUAAUUUAAUUUAAUUUAAUUUUGUUUUAUUUUAUUUUAUUUUGCUGUUGGUUUUGUUACUUAGCUAAAAAGGCAGCAGCCAUUAAAGAUUAAACAAUGCCACUGAUAUUCGCCUCACCUAAAUAUAUUCAUAGACAUGGAACAGUACAACUAUGAAGAUGAUGACCUCGUACUUCAGUGAAUGAAAUGAAAGCACCGCUGGUCAUUGUGCAGGACCAUAAAGGGGUGGCUAAGAUUCAGGAACCUUAUUUCAUGGAUUCUGGUGAUGUUUUAAGCAUAUACUAAAUGCAUAAAACACAUUUUUGAGCUGUAAUAAUACAGAAAAAAACUGCAUCUAUGUCUUUUCAUUGCCUGUAGAAAGUUAUUAUAUUUGAAAGAUACAAAUUUGUUAAUUAUUUCACUAUUUAGGAUCUACAAAUAACAUCAGGAAGAUGGAAGGAAUCCACAGACAAGCCUACAUCUGACCAAAAUAACAAUAUUAUAAUAUUACCAGGUUACACAUGUGCCAAACGGGAGCAGGUGCAUCUUACAACGCCUUAAACAAUGACUGUUUUUUGCCCAAAUUAAAUAAAUCGCUGGCAAAAGAAAAAAAAAAGGAAAAAAAAAGAAAAGAAAAAGGAUAUUGGUGUGAACGCCUGUCUCUCCUUGACUCCCAGCCAAGGCAGGAGCAAUAUUGUCUGACCGGCAGUGUUUGCGGUGAAGACGAAAGUUUUGUUGCUUUGUUGAAACAGCAGUGAUUGCGUUGGGCCAAGAAUUUUUUUUUUUCUUUUUUCUUAAACAUACAAGAUAUUUAUUUCCCCCGGGAGCUAAAAUGUUGUCAAAAUGAUUGUUUCAAAAAGAAGAAAUAUGGGAUUGUCCUGGAAAACAACCGUUAACGGCAUGAUUUAGGAACUCAUUUAUUUAUUGAAAGGUGUUUCAAAUGAGAAUAUGCAGUUUAUGGAGUGGUGGCAUCACUGUGGGCUGGUUAGUUCUCCUGUUCCAUGUCUGUGCUGACCAGUGGGCAAAUUAGAUGUACAAUAGAUCAACGUACACACAAAAUCAAUCAAUCAAGCGAUAAAUGAUCAAUUCCAACUCAGACAUUAAUCACAUCUAUCUGCAUAAUUCACAGUUCACAGCGACUGUUACACAUGGACCUCCAAUAUGGCCGCGGCAGCGUGCGCUUUGUCACCAGAAAGCCUUCGAUUCUCGUGGCAUUUAUUAACAAAAUGGCACAUAACAUUGUUUAAUUUGAUGGGACAUACUUUCAGGAUCAAAGUCAGCAGCACUAAUACAAUUUGGUGCAAUAUAAUAUAUAUAUAUUUUUUUUGUCAUUGCUGGGGAAAUAUUAAUAUUACCGGGAGGGGAAUAAGCUAAGCAGACUGUAAAAUAAAGUGUUACCCGAUUUAAUGUGAUUACACUGUUUUGCCUCAGUGUUAAUGAAAAGGUAAAAAAGGAACAUGUAAGUAGAAUGUUUGUAUCUAAAUGCUCUGAAAAAUACAUAAUCAGCCCUAAUUUAUCCCCCGUCCCCCCCAGUGCCAUCAAGAGAAUGUCUUUUCUUGUGCACCUCGGUAGGUUUUCCUCUAGAUGGUUGAUGUCUCUUUUUAUUAGAGAAGAACCUCAUGAUAUUUCUUGAAUAUGUAUUAUAGUGGCAUUUCACUAAUGGUUCCAAUCUUUUUGUUUUGUUUUGUUUAUUUUGUUUUUUUCCCCCCUUAGGAUGCUUUUGAGGACACUGGACUUGAAUAGAAAACCCAUAUUUUAUAAAUUUAGGAUAUGUUUUUGCUAGAUGAAUUGAUUUAUAAUGUAUACAGCGAGUUCAGUCACUGGAAGGAAGAAGAAGAAGAAGAAGAUGA